AUGAUUCCUGGCAGCCCGUUCUUUGUUGAGAUGCAACAAUUGGCCCUCGCCAAUGAUUCAAAGUCUAGAAAAGAUGAUGUGUUCAUUCGCCAGGCAGUUGCAAUUGGCUUGUCUUUAGACAUUCCAGUGAGUGAGAUUUUUCUUGAGCAGUUGGGCCAUAAAACGCACGUCCUGGAUAUCCGCACUGUAGCUGAGUAUGUGUUCGCUGCGUACCCUGAGAGAUUCUUGGCUGGCUUUGAUGCCUUGCCAAAAGUGGCAUUCCGGCAGGUUCUACUCAAGUUUUGGGAGGCUUAUAGCAAGUACUAUCCGCACCAUCCAGUUUUUUCUGAUCAUGGGCAUCGUCUGUCAUCAUGCGUGCCAGUCAAGAUUCAUUCUGAUGAGGGUACUGGCUUGCGUCGCACUGGUGUUUACCAAUUCAGUUGGGGACCUGUGCUACCAUCUGACUUAUCCAGUGUUUCCAGAUACAUUUUCUGGUCGUGCAUGAAGCACGAGGACUACAAAGAUGGGCACGCUGGCUAUGAGAGAGGAAAUCACAUUCUUGAUGAACUGUGUGGGCAUUUUGCAGCGCAAGCUCUUGAUGUGUACUUGAACGGUGUCCAAACUGAAGUGCUUGGAAAGGUUUUCCUUGUGUGGGUAGCUCACGAGGGUGACCUACCUGCCCAAGCAAAAGCAUACCAUUGUAAGAGGAACUUCAAUUGCACACCCAAUUCUAUGUGCUCUUGGUGUCUUGCAAAUGACACCACACUUCCAUACACUGAUGUGCGUGAUGAAGCGCAAUGGCGCAGGACAGUUUAUGUUGAGAGGCCGUGGACGACUCCAGGUCCCUUCCAACAAAUCCCUGGUGCUGACCAUGAGAUGUUCUUGGCGAAGGACUUGUUCCAUUUGUGCCAUCUUGGGGCCAUCCGUACCUUUUGCAUCAACUUGAUGUGCUUUUUGGUCACGAUGAAAGUCUUUGCACCCUGGCUCUGCCUAGCUGUGAAUGUGUGCGCUGAUGAUGCAAGCAUCCCCCUGAGACUGCAAGUGACCUACCGGCUUUUCAAGCAAUAUUGUACAAGGCGUCGUGGAUACCCAAGGGUAAAGCAUUUCACGAAGGAGAACCUGUCCUGGACAUCCAUGAGCAAGUAUCCAGAGGCGAGUUUCAAGGGCUCCGACGCACCUUUGCUUCUCGGAUUCCUCAUCGACUACAUGGCACGGCCAGAAGUUGAAUUGGAUGAAAUUGGGAAAACCGGAUACGUAGCUGCCAAGGCGAUAGAUGACUUUUUAAGGUCAGUCUUUUCGACCAAAUCACAAUUUCUUUCCAAAAGUGAAGGCAUUGUUGCGGCCACUGCUUUAAGUGUGUGGUUGCAAAAAACUUAUGAAUGCGCAAAGAUGUGCUUUGACAAAAGAAUUACUUUCUUUAAUUUGACACCCAAGAUGCACUACUUGGGGCAUGUCUUAGAAGAUAUGCGAGCUCAACUUUCGCUAUCAGCAGACGCUGAUGAUAUCUUGAAUCCAACCCUGUUCGCAACACAAGCAGCAGAGGAUUGGGUCGGCAAAGCCUGCCAAAUAGCUCGGACUGUUCACCCACGUACUGUUGCCAAAAGAUCGGCGCAGAAGUAUUUGAUCGCAGCCAAACUUUUCUGGGACAAAGCGAGGGAGUGA